AUGUUAUGCUUGUUGGCAAGGUGAAACUAACUAAUAACAGCGCAGCUCAAAUUUUCUAUAUAGAUUGCUUAACCUCAUAUUUCAUUUUGAAAUUGAAAAUUCGUAAACAAAACACCUUGAUUUUCGAAUGAUGGAUGUUUUUAUAAAAGAAGUUGAUAAAUUUUCUCCUUUUAGUGGAAUAACUGAUGAUAAACUCUCCAAGUUUCGUGAAAUUUGUCGGAAAGAUUGUCCCGAAACAGCUUCAGUGGACGAUUGCUUAAAAUUUAUAAAAUUUUUUCGGAAGGAGUUGAUGAAGAAACCAUUACCGAUCAACAAUGAUUCGGCGUCAUCGGCCUUUGAAGAAUGCGGCGUAAUUGUCCGGCGUUUAGGUUCCAAUAUAAAAGAUAAUGAAAUGGUAAAUCAGUUAUUUGAUGAGUGUGUGGAAACUAUCAUUAAAGUCUAUGAAGAAGAUUGCGUAACAUCUGAUAAUUACAGUUCGCUAAGGUCAUUAAUACAUGUAAAAAAAUUUACCGAAUACGCCGAGACGAAUACAACAGAUAUUCAACUGAAAAGACUUAUUAAUGCUUUUAAAAGAGAGUUUGAUCCAAAAGGUGAGAAUGAUCUGAAACAAUGGGCCGGAAAUAUGCCUUACCCAGCUGGUGAAUUAUUGGAGAGUUUCAGUUCUAAGGCUGUUAAAGAAAGUAAAAAAGAAUUUAUAGAAAUAUUCAUAUUUUGGGCUGAAACUGCAUUAAAGUACAAAGAAAAAGAUAGUGAUCACGUAUUUUAUUUAUAUUUGAUUGCUAAAGUGCGCUCAAUUUUUGAACGUCCAUUGGAGAAAAUCUCUAAAAAGGAGAAAGCAGAGAUUCUUUUCAUCAAUUUGGACACAGAAGUUUACGAUUAUGCCUUCUCCAAAUGUCAGAAAAUCAUGUUUUCUCCCGAUUUUCUUUCAAAUAGAUAUCCUAAGGAUGUUAUUGAGCUUCUAAUCACAACUUCUCUGACCUAUGCAAUAAAAAAUAAUCCUACGAAUAAAUUAUUAGCAAAAGCUUAUGACUUUUCUUAUACAAUGUAUAAAAAUGAUGAGAGAGUCGUCAAACGCCUUGUUGAUAGCUUAUUUAAAUACCUUAAUGGAAACUUUCUAACAAUUGAUUUUGUGGAGGUUGGUAUGAAAAGCCACUAUGAUCAAUUUUUGGAUGAGAUAGCUAACAUUAGAACAGGACCAGAAGCUAACCAAGUGGUUGAUUUGAGAAAAAAGCAUUUUCAAGAAAAACAAGAUAAAGAAAAUUCAAAAAAAUUUUUAAAAGUGUUACUUGAAAAUCCAUGGGAUAAAAUAAUAAGAACAUUUUUCGUUGACGCUAUGAAUAAGAACUUAAUAAAUUUCCAUCAAAAUCCCGAUAUAUUUUCAUAUACUUUUGAUUUGGCUUAUAAGACUAAAAUCUACUAUGAUGAAAGAUCACGUAGUGGCUAUUGGACAAUUGGUUCAACAAUCUGUGAAGUGUUACAAAACCAGGGACUCAUCAGCAAACUAAAAAAAGAUAUUUUUCGAGCUAUUGAAGCGACUUUUGAUUUUUCUAAACAUCAACUACAUGAUUUCAUUGUUGGAUUUAUACAAACUUUAAAAUGGAAGGGCGAAAUAUCAACAUUCAAGAGUAUUCUUGUUAAGCUUAAAAUAAUCAUAGACAAAAAAGAAAAUAUAUGCGAUGCUGAAGAUAAGAUCUGUAGGGUUACAAAAGCAGUCUUUGAACAAGUCAAUAUUGAUUUAGCAAAAAAUAGGAAACUUCUUCAGAUAAAGGAUGCUUUGGGUGAGCUCUUUAAUGCUUGCUACAACAAUUCCUGGUCUAUUUCAAAUGAUGAUUCGAGGAUUGCAAAACAGAUAUGUAUCGGUGAUGAUGAAAAGAGAACACUAGCCGGACAAAUCCUAAAAGUUACAAUGAACUCUAUUUAUCAAUAUAAUUUUGAAUUCACUGCUCUAUUUGAGCCAACAAUCGAAACACUGAGACUUUUAAGAAAGCGAUAUGAAGAUAAAGAACUACAGAAAGCAGCAUCAGAAACAAUAUUAGGUUUAUCUGAUAAAAUAGAGUUGAUAGGAAUUGAUACAGGACACGACAUCAUUGAUCAAUUCAUUGAAGAGAGAAGUAUUCGAAUCUUUGGAAAAGUUACCGAAUUGUAUCCUAGUUGUGCAGAUUAUAUUCACAAACACCUAGAGGAAAUUCAAGAUAUAGCUGAGGACGAAGGUCAAAUAGGACUUAAUAAUUUUGUACAACUAGUAACCAAAAUUGGACAACAUAACCCAAAAGAAAUAACGCAGAAAAUGGUUGACUUUUUAAUCGACUAUGUCGACGGACCAUUUGCUUUUACAGCAAUUCAACAAAUAAUACUACAUCGAGUAGAGACCUUAGAAAAUUAUCAUGAUAACUUUGCCAAUGCCAUAAAGUUUUCCCAAUAUGGUGGACUUUAUAUACCAGAUAAUAUUAUAUUAGCCCUAUGUACUACUGAAGAGAGAGCAAAAUUCUAUAGUAAAGCUUUAUGGGAAAAGCAUCUCCAGAAUCAGGACACACCAUAUACCAAAGGAAUUCUAUACGCCCUUCAGCAAAUUGCUCAAAAGUACAAAAAUGCAGUUGUCACUUACCAAAAAGAAAUACAGAAUAUGAAAGACGGGAAGUAUCAAAGUGCAGCUGCUGAUGUCAUCAAUGUUUUAGAAGGAAGAACUCUGGCGAAUGUAGCAAAUGAUGUUGAAGAACAAAGAGAAGAUAUUGAUAAUUUAGAUUCCAGAGUUACGAAUAAUGAAGAUAAAAUUGAAAAUCUUGAUAAUGAUGUCAGAGAAACUAAAGAAGACGUCGCCAAUGUUAAACAAGAUGUCAAAGAAACUAAGGAACGCAUUGAUCAAAUUGAAUAUACAAUCAAAGGACUCGAUGAAAGAGUUGAAGAACUCAGUCAUAUGACUCUUUCACAUGCUCCCGCUUGGACUCGUCAUGUUUCCGAAUUAAUGAAUGAUCAAACCGAUCACGAUUGGAGACUCUUAGCUAUGAAACUCAACUAUACAAACGACGAUAUACGAAAUUGGGCUACUCAACCAGAUCCUUGUCUAUCGAUGUUUGAUGAAUGGUUUGCUACUCACAAAACAAGAGAAGCUACAAACGCCAUUUUAACUAAUCUGAAAGAAAUGAACAGAUUAGACGCUGCUGAAAUUGUGGAAAGUGCACUUGCAAAUGUGAAAGAUGUUGUUCAAGAUGACGAAGAUGAAGAGUUUGAGAAACCAGAAGUGUUUCUCAGCUAUCAAUGGGGACAUCAACAAGAAGUGAAACUUCUGCGUAAACACUUGGAGAUGGCCGGAUUCAAGGCAUGGAUGGACAUUGGCCAAAUGGGUGGAGGUGACAAAUUAUACGCCAAAAUCGAUGAUGGUGUUCGUUCAGCCAAAGUGAUUAUCAGUUGUGUAAGUGAGAAAUAUGCAAAAUCCGCAAAUUGCUGUAGAGAAGUUAACUUGUCAACAAAUCUUGGAAAACCAAUGAUACCAAUACUCAUGGAACAAUUAUCGUGGCCUCCUGCAGGUCCGAUGGGACCAAUCAUGUCUGAAUAUUUGUAUAUUAGGUUCUUCAAGUCUGGUGGAAUGGAAAAAGGCGACUCUGUAUUUUGGUUGCCAGCAAAAUUUCAAGAACUUCUCAUGCAAGUUCGAUACUUCGUCGUACCAGAUAUGAAACUCAUUACGAAUGAUUCUCCUUAUAAAGGAUGGAUGAAUCCACCGGAAGAAGAAAUCAUCAUUCCGAAACGAGAACAAAAGGCCAUUGAAUCAAGCAAUGGGAAAUCGGAAGAGAACACGGAACAAGAAGUUUCGCCAGAUGUCUUUAUAUCUUAUCAAUGGGGAAAACAACCACAAAUUAAACGUCUAUAUAAAAAGCUUAGUGAAAUGGGCUAUUACUGUUGGUUAGAUAUCAUGCAGAUGGGAGGAGGAGAUUCUCUUUUUGAUAAAAUUGAUAAGGGAAUCAGAGGAGCAAAAGUGAUAAUAUCAUGUGUUACUCCAAAGUAUGCAUUGAGUGCGAAUUGUCGAAGAGAAGUUUCAUUAUCAGGAGCAUUGAGUAAGCCAAUUGUUCCUUUAUUAUUAGAAGACAUGAAAUGGCCACCAGAAGGACCAAUGUCGAUGACAUUUACGGAACUUUUAUACAUUGGAUUUCACAGAAAGAAAGACGAUAAGUUGUGGGAGGGUGACGAAUUCAAUCAAUUAAUUUCAAAAAUUGACCUGAAUGCACCAGGAUGUAGAACACUGUCAACAUCAAGCAGAGUAAAAGAUCAGUCGACAACUGUUUCGUUAAAUAAGAAAAGUGUUCAGAAAAAUUCCGAGAAAAGAGAUGACACAAACAGUUUGUUUGAAUACAAGUACCAAAAUUCUAAUAGCAAUACAUCAGGGGCAUGCCAGAUUUUAUAA